GGGACUAGCGGGGAGCUCUGGCUCGGGGCGCAUCGGAAAAACCGCUUCACGCCCGGUGGAGCCAGCCCGCCGCUUCCUCCUGCCUCGCUCCGCCAGCGCCGAGACAUGUCCCAGCCGGGCCGAGGGAAACGGGGGCCCGCCGCCGCGCGGCCGCCGGGGCAUGGGGACAAGAAAAAAAGUGGAACAUCUUCUAGACCAGGAGAUAAAAAAGGAUCUGAAGCAGCAGAGAAGAAACCAGCCAGUGUUGGUGUCAGUCAGACACCUAAAACACAGAAAAGUGGAGUUGCUGCCACCACUAAGACACAGCCCUCUUCUGCAGAUGUAUCAAAAGCAUCCACUGCAAAGCCAUCUGAAGUAAAGGCUACUGCAAGCUAUAAGCAGACCAGCGGACAGCAGUCUCAUGGCAGGAAAAGAAACAAAACCAAGCCUGCACAAACAGCAAAAAUGGACCCUGAGAAAAUACCACAGUCAGCAAAGCCAGAUGACUCUCAAACUAAACACCCAACCAAGGAAAAGCAAAAGGAAUCUGGUGGGGCAAAAAGCCCAGGCAAAUCUUCUGUGGCAACAGGGUCCAAGCAAACUACUAUGGGAAGAGCUGCCACGGGUCCAACUAAUCAGCCAGCACAAGCCACAUCAAUAGAAGAAUCCAAGCAUAAAACUGAAAAUAAAUCCCUAGCUGGUGGGGCAGCUGCUGCAACUGCAGGUGCAGUUGGUGCCGUUGCUGCAGCUGGUUUGGUUGCUCCAGAUAAGCCAAGUGCUGAGAGUAAAGAAAGUAAACCAGCAGCCCCAACUGCUGAAGCUGCAACUACCGUGUCAUCUGAAAAGUCUGACAUUGAUGCAGCUUUAGAUAGCUUAAUAGAUACCCUUGGAGGACCUGAAGAAAAUGCACCCCCCUGCCCAGUGUACACUGGUCCAGAAGUUACGGAUCCAUUUUCUGCUGAGUAUUUGGAAGAACUGGGAAAGCGGGAAGGUAGUCUCCCUCCAGAGUACUUAAAGUUAUUGGAGGGUAAAGGAGAUGGCAAAGCUGCAAUCCCUCCAAAAAUAGAGGAAGAAUCUCUGAAACCAAUGACAGCUGAUGACAUUGCAGAUGCCCUGUCAUCUGACUUUACUUGCAGUGUUCCAUCUGCUGAGGAGAAGGUGACAACUCUGAAAGAGAAGCCAACAGAAGGAGAAAUUGUACAAGCAGAGGCAACAAGUUCAGUCAGGAGUUCAGCUCCUCCAAAGGAGAAGAAACCAAAAGCAAGAGAGGCUGCAAUUAGUGAUGAUGCGCUGGAAGCCCUUGCUGAUACCCUUGGUGCAUCAGAACCUGAACCUGAGCAAGACCUGAGCUCCAUUGUAGAGGUUGCAGAGCCAAAAGCCAAAGAGAAAAAAGAAGAAAAGGUUGGAGAACGUGAGGACACAAUCCCUCCUGAAUACAGAUUAAAACCAGCAUUGGAUAAAGAUGGAAAACCAUUAUUGCCAAAACCUGAUGAAAAGCCUAAGCCUUUGAGCGAUUCUGAGCUCGUUGAUAAAUUUUCGAAAGAAUUUGUCUGUCCAGCAGCACCUGCAGCACAGUCCAAACCAACUAAUCCCACUAAUGCAUCUGCCACCCCUGUGGUUUCGACCCCUGCAAAGACCCCUGAGGUUUCGACCCCUGCAAAGACCCCUGCGGUUUCGACCCCUGCAAAGACUACAAAGGAAGAAGUCCCGCGUGCUGCCAUGCGCACAGUGCAAUCUUCAGCUCCAUCAGCAACAACUUCAGUUGGCCAUGUGCCAGAUGAGGCAGUUGAAGCAUUGUCUGGUAGUCUAGGAAAGAGAGAACCUGACCCAGAAGAAAGUAAACCUGCUGUGGAUAAAGUGAAGGAGAAAGCCAAAGAAGAAGAACGAGAAAAACUGGGUGAAGAUGAAGAAACAAUCCCUCCUGACUACAGAUUAACUGAAGUCAAGGAUAAAGAUGGAAAACCACUCAUGCCAAAACCUCAAGAAAAACCUAAGCCCAUGAGUGAAAGUGAUCUCCUUGAUGCAUUGUCAGAGGGAUUUUCCUGUUCUGCAGCAACAACUGUACAGUCUGCACCAAUAACCACUUCAAAAGAAGCAAUGGAGGUUAAAAAAUCUUCUGCUGCACCUACUGAAGAUGCUGUUUCCUUUACUGCAGCUUCUGCAGUGCACUCAGCUGCUCCUCCACCUGCUCCUCAAGGUGGAAAGGAGCUAGACAAAGCCCUAGAUCUCCUCUCUGAUUCACUGGGACAAAGAGAGCCUGACCCUGAUGAAAACAAGCCCAUCGUAGAUAAAGUAAAGGAAAAGGCUACAUCUGAACACAUAGACAAACCUGGAGAAAGAGAUGAUACAAUUCCUCCCGAGUAUAGAGAGCUUUUGGACUCAAAUGAACAGGGUAAACCAGUAAAACCAAUGUCAAAAGAGGACGUGGAACCCAAAGAACCAAAGAAGCCUGCAGAUGAUUCUGCAGCUAUUGAUGCCCUGUCAGGGGACUUUGAUGCCUGCUCAAAACCACCUGCCAAACUACAACACUCAGAGUGUAGGACAAAAGUGGAAAGAAACCUACGACCACGAAAACCACCACAAAAGAUGACGGGAAACCUAGAGAUACCCAAAAGACGAAGGAGCAGUCCUCCAGCGGAAAAUCUGAGAGACAAAAAACAAGCUAAACGCUAACAUUAUUGGGUUAUUGGCAUAUAGUGUAAAAAGUCAUCUUUCUGCUGGUGAAUAAUUACUCCUGAAGAACAAAAGCUGAUGCAAAUGCAUGCAUUUAUUUUAGGUGGUUUUGUACAGUGGUAUUUGUUGGAGGUUUUACACACAUUUUUUUCCAGGAAUGGUUUCAAUUUGUUUUGUUUGUUUUCCUAGCCAAUCAUUUUAUUAUACCUUUUGAAACUUUUUUUUGUGGGUAAUUUUCUUAAGUUCUGAGGGGGAAAGGAUGCUUUAUAUUUGUAAGAAAUAUAUUUCAUAUGAACUUAAUAGCAAUGCCAAAAAAGUCUGCAAACUUUUGCACAUAAUCUCCACAUAGUGCCUGUAAAUCUCAGAAGAGUUCUCUAGAUAUGCGCAAACAUUAGUUUGUAACAUUGCAACGAAUGCAUUUAGGCAUUCUGGAAUGUAAUGGGUGUUUUUGGUUAUCCUCAGCCUUCUUAAGUUGGCUGUAUAAUGUAUAUCCUUGAGCAAAUUGCUGAUGAGAAAUCAUAGGUCAACCAUAGGCAUAUAAAAGAUGACAGAUUGAAAGAUGCAUCAUCUCAUCAUGGGCUUCUGCUAAUAAAUUAUCUAAAUUUUGAACAACGGCUGUACUGCCGCUUAAAAAAAUAUAUCAAACGUCGCAACAAGCACCUACAUUGUUAUCUGCUUUUUGUAUCAAGACUUUCAUGAACAAAGAUCUUAAUGCAACUCACCUUGCACUCAGGGCUAUAUCUUACUACAAGAUAGGGAAAGGAAGCCCAGGAGACUCAGCAAGGGUUAAAUAAAUAGGAAUUUGAGAUUAGCACAAGUGCAUUUCUGCAAUGGCACCCAGUUUCUACUUCUCUUUUUCUCCAUCAGCACUCCAAAAGUGACCACAGGAGCAAAUCAUAAGCUAAUGCUGCAUGGAGUGGCAUUAAUUUCCAUGAACUAGAUAUUGUAGGGCCUUCAGGGAAACAGGUAGCAAAGAGCAGCUGGACUCUAGUACCUGUGCUGCAGAGCUGAAGCUGACAGUGUCCUGUGAUCUGUGGAUGUGCUGAAUUUCCCAGUUUCUCUUGGUUUCUCCCUUUGUUCCUCAUGGCAGAGGGAAACGUAAUACUACAUGUCUGGUUCUUACUCGCACUGAGUAACUCUCAUGAAGAAUCUCAAUGACUUCUGUGGAUGGAGUGAGAUAGUGGUGGAGGCAGAAUAGUAAAGGAUAUGAAAAUCUGGUUCUGACUACCUACUGUUCCAGACAGCCUUCACCCAGAGAUUUAAUAUGGAGGAUAAUCAGAAUUCUGGCUGUACUUGACAGCCUGUAAAAUUCAUACUGUAUUUGACAGUCUGUAUUAAGAGCUUGUGUCACUAAUAAAGUUUUUAAAAUGGA